AUUCAGAGGUCGUGUGUUUCCUCUCCAAUACCUGCAAUUAUAAACUCUACCAGAAGAUGGUGCUGAAGUUUCUCUAAGAGCCGUUGAAUAGUGAGGUAAAUACGGACACAUGUAAAUCAGCCUCUUUUACACUGACGUCGCUCAACAUGUCGCUCAUUAUCCCAGAGAAAUUCCAGCACAUCCUUCGUAUCGUUGGUACGAACAUUGAUGGUAACCGGAACAUCAUGUUCGCGUUGACCAGCAUCAAAGGAGUUGGAAGACGUUACGCCAACAUUGUAUGCAAGAAGGCAGAUAUCGAUUUAACCAAGCGUGCUGGAGAAUGUACCGAAGAGGAGGUUGAAAAAAUCGUCACCAUCAUGACCAACCCCAGACAAUACAAAAUACCAGACUGGUUCCUCAACAGACAAAAGGAUAUUAUUGACGGAAAAUACUCCCAGCUCACCAGUUCCAACUUGGACUCUAAAUUGCGUGAAGAUUUGGAACGCAUGAAGAAGAUCCGCGCUCACCGUGGUCUUCGUCAUUUCUGGGGUCUCCGUGUCCGUGGUCAACACACCAAGACAACUGGUCGACGUGGUCGUACUGUUGGUGUGUCCAAGAAGAAGUAAUUUGUCAUUUUUUUAUGUCAAAUAUUAAUAUUUGAUUAUAAUAAAAAUUUAUAAAUUCAA